GCGCGUGCGCAGACAGACCAGCGCUGGCGUCUUCGCUGUUCGUCGCCGCCUUCGCCGCGGCCGCGGCCACCUUCCUGGGAUUUGAGUCUCGCGCUUUCUUCGUUCCCUCGCUCUUCGGCGGGUCAGCCCCACACUCGCGCCCCCGGGCAGCGAGGCUGGGGAAGGGGUUGGAGGGGGCUGUUGAUCACCAUCUUUUAUAAGUUGUGCUUGGGGCGGCCAUGUCGGCCGGCGAGGUCGAGCGCCUAGUGUCGGAGAUGAGCGGCGGGACCGGAGGGGAUGAGGAGGAAGAGUGGCUCUAUGGCGAUGAAAAUGAAGUUGAAAGGCCAGAAGAAGAAAAUGCCAGUGCUAAUCCUCCAUCUGGAAUUGAAGAUGAAACUGCUGAAAAUGGAGUCCCCAAGCCGAAAGUGACUGAGACUGAAGAUGAUAGUGAUAGCGACAGUGAUGAUGAUGAGGAUGAUGUUCAUGUCACUAUAGGAGACAUUAAAACGGGAGCACCACAGUAUGGGAGUUAUGGAACAACACCUGUAAAUCUUAACAUCAAGACAGGAAGCAGAGUUUAUGGAACAACAGGAACAAAAGUCAAAGGGGUAGACCUUGAUGCACCUGGAAGCAUUAAUGGAGUUCCACUCUUGGAGGUAGAUUUGGAUUCGUUUGAAGAUAAACCAUGGCGUAAACCGGGUGCUGAUCUUUCUGAUUAUUUUAAUUAUGGGUUUAAUGAAGAUACCUGGAAAGCUUACUGUGAAAAACAAAAGAGGAUACGAAUGGGACUUGAAGUUAUACCAGUUACCUCUACUACAAAUAAAAUUACGGCCGAAGACUGUACUAUGGAAGUUACACCAGGUGCAGAGAUCCAAGAUGGCAGAUUCAAUCUUUUUAAGGUACAGCAGGGAAGAACUGGAAAUUCAGAGAAGGAAGCAGCUCUUCCAUCUACAAAAGCUGAGUUUACUUCUCCUCCUUCUUUGUUCAAGACUGGACUCCCACCAAGCAGAAACAGCACCUCUUCUCAGUCUCAGACAAGUUCUGCCUCCAGAAAAGCCAGUUCAAGCGUCGGGAAGUGGCAGGAUCGAUACGGGAGGGCGGAAUCACCUGAUCUAAGGCGGUUACCUGGGGCAAUUGAUGUUAUUGGUCAGACUAUAACUAUCAGCCGGGUAGAAGGAAGGCGACGGGCCAAUGAAAACAGCAACAUACAGGUCCUUUCUGAACGAUCUGCUACUGAAGUAGACAACAAUUUUAGCAAGCCACCUCCAUUUUUCCCUCCAGGAGCUCCUCCUACCCACCUUCCACCUCCUCCAUUUCUUCCACCUCCUCCAACUGUCAGCACUGCUCCACCUCUUAUUCCACCACCAGGUAUUCCAAUAACUGUACCACCUCCAGGUUUUCCUCCUCCACCAGGCGCUCCACCUCCAUCUCUUAUACCAACAAUAGAAAGUGGACAUUCCUCUGGUUAUGAUAGUCGUUCUGCACGUGCUUUUCCAUAUGGCAAUGUUGCCUUUCCCCACCUUCCUGGUUCUGCUCCUUCAUGGCCUAGUCUUGUGGACACCAGCAAACAAUGGGACUACUAUGCAAGAAGAGAGAAGGAUCGAGAUAGAGAUAGAGACAGAGACCGGGAGCGGGACCGUGACCGGGACAGAGAGAGAGAGCGCACCAGAGAGAGAGAGAGGGAGCGAGAUCAUAGUCCUACACCAAGUGUUUUCAACAGUGAUGAAGAGCGAUACAGAUACAGGGAAUAUGCGGAAAGAGGCUAUGAACGUCACAGAGCAAGUCGAGAGAAAGAAGAACGACACCGAGAAAGACGGCACAGAGAGAAAGAGGAAACCAGGCAUAAGUCAUCUCGGAGUAAUAGUAGACGUCGACAUGAAAGUGAAGAAGGAGACAGUCACAGGAGACACAAGCACAAAAAAUCUAAAAGAAGCAAAGAAGGAAAAGAAGCCGGCAGUGAGCCCGCCCCUGAACAGGAGAGCGCCGAACCUGCACCUACAGAGUAGGAAUGGGUACGGCCUGUGUGUAUGUUAGUCCCAGGAGCAGAUGCGAUAAAUCUUAUUUUUCUGGAUAAUGUUUUAAGAAAUUUACCUUGAAUCUUGUUCUGUUAGUAUGCAAAGUUAACCUUUUCUUUUCCUCCAAAAUAAAAGUGGAUUUUUCAUGUUAAGUUAAAAAAAAAUCUUUUGUCUUGUAAUAUUUAAAGACCGUAAUGACCUUAUAUCCAAGAAAGUAAUGUGAAUGAGUCACUCAGCAGGGAAUUUAGAGAGCUGUGUACAUAUGCAGUAUUUGAUAAAAGUCAGGGUUUCCCAGCGUGGCCAUCAUUUCUUGACUUAAUCAAAUGCGCGUUUCUUAAGAGUUUGCACUGUAAAAGACACAUCUGAUUGAAAUUAAAGCUUGUCUUUUUUAAUCACUGCUGCAGCACUGUUGCUUAGUAUAUUAAAGGACUCAUACAGUUUUGAUA